AUGUCUGAAGAUAAAACCAUUCAGCAUGGAAUAGAUAUUGAAGUACCAGAGUGCGUAGAAAGAAAAUUGAGAGAAGGGAAAAUUGAUGAUGCUGAAGCGUUUGAAAGAGGUUUAGGAAGUAUUGAUAAGAUUGUAUUAUCAACUAGACAGGGUGAUUGUAUUGUAGAAUUGAUGUGUGGUGAUAUUACUAGACUACCUAUAGAAGAUAAAGUUGAUUAUAUUCUCAUCUCAGCCUUCCCAAAUGAUUAUAGUGCAGUAAGAGGAACAGUGAUAGGAUCUCUAUACUCCUAUUUAGGCAUUGAUGUUGAAAGACUGGCAGUGAACAAAGAUGUUGAUUUACGAAAAAAUUUCUCAUGUUGGGUUUCUGGGGCUCUUCCAAGCCAUGCACCAUAUAAACGACUGGUUUGUUUUGAAAGAAUUUAUCAAGGUGGAUCAGUAUCAGAACAAAUAGCUAAAGUUUAUCGAUCCUUUACUCCAAUCUUCAAUAAUGAAGAAACUACAGUAAUCAGCCCUUUACUAGCUACUGGGAACCAGGGUCAUUCUACCAAGAAAAUAUUGACAGCUAUGGUAGAUGGAGCCUGUGGAUGGAUUUUAUCUGGUCUUCCAUUACGCCAUCUGAAACUGGUUGUUUACUCCAAGAAAAUUAAUGAGAUUUAUAAACGUGAUGUAGAAACUGUUGAAGAAUUUAAAAAUCUGAAAAUAAAGUGGGAGAAAAUCAGCAAAUCUAAGGCAGCUAAAGCAGAACAAAUAGAUGAUUAUGAUGUGUAUUUAUCCUAUUCAGAGGCAGACAUACAGUCAUCCCAGAAAAUAAUUUCCAAAUUACAGCGAGUAAAACCAGAAAUCAAAUUAUUUACCAAGAUUAUCACAUUUAGUAAUAAUGAUGUUUGGCAACAGAAGAUCUUUGAUGUUAUGGUUAAAUCAAAAAGAAUUAUUGUAAUUUUAAGUCCAGCUUAUAUUGCUAAUGAAGAAUGUUUAGAACAGUUUAAUAUGGCUAUGUGUUGUAAUAGAUAUAAGAAGAAACAAGUUCUGGCACCAUUCUACAUAGAAACUAUACCAUCGUUUCCAUCGUAUAUGUUACUAGUACAAUAUGUAGAAUGUAGAAUUCGGCGUGAGAGUGAUAAUGAUGAGAGAUUAAUUGGUAAAGCCUGUGAAAUAAUCAUAGAAGCUAUAGAAGAGGAUACAGUAGAGGUCUUGUCUGUAAAAAAAACACCCCAUUAUGAUGUAUUUAUAUCUUAUGCUCACAGGACACCACUGGAAGCUGAAUCUAUGCUUGGAUUAUUACAGACUAAUUCACCAUGGUUAAAUAUUUUCUUUGACAAAAGAGAACUGUGUACUGGAAGUGUAUGGCAGAAGUCACUAUAUGAAUCUAUAGAUAAUGCAUCUGUUAUUGUCAUGUUUAUAUCUGAUGCUUAUAUCAACUCUACUGUUUGUAGUGAAGAAUAUGAUAUAGCAUUAGCUAGAUAUUACCUUAAGGAUGAUGUUGUUGUGGUACCAUUAUAUUGUGGUGUAAAAGAUGAUAAAAUACCAGCCAAGUUCUCUGCUAUACCAAUGAUAGAUAUACAGCAAGAUAAAGACAAUAAAUUACAACAACUAGUAGAAUAUAUUAAACAUUGUGAUGUUGAUAAAACUGGUUCUGUUCUUUAUAGUGAGCCUACCAAUGAAGCGAAUGUUCAAGAUAUUUUAGAAAAUAAAAGAACAGAUAUAAUUAACAGUCUUCACAAGUUUGACAAAGAUAAAGUUAAUCUGAAGCUUAAGACAGCCCUUGUAGAAAAUCAAAAAAUUGUCUUCAGUUUUUCUCAGAAUUGUUUGAAGUAUGCAGCUGCUAUUUGUCAGUAUAUAGAAAAAACAAAUGAAACGUUGGAGUGUAUAUUUCUUAGUGAAAAUCACAAUGAAAGACUGAGUUUAUUGGACAAGGCUGACAGAAUAGUCAUAAUAAUCUCUAAACAAUAUAUAGAAUCAAAUAAUUUAAUGGAAGAAUUUCAUAUAGCCAUGUGUCGUCAGAGAGCUUUUCUUACUCAAAACAUUGUAUAUUUGAUCAAUGCAUCUCAUUCACAGACCAAACCAGUAUUUAUGAGUAUUGUACCAUACAGUAUUUCAUUAAAAGAUAAAGUCUGGAUAAGAGAGGUGAAAUACCACAGUGACAAGUCUACAUCAAUUAUUAUUAAGAGAAUUGGUAUUGCUGGGAGUUAUAACUAUCAUUUUGCAGAAAUAGUGGCACUACAGACUGCUGCAUUGGAUUUGUCUUAUGGAUUGGUUACAAUUAAAGACUGGAAGAAUAUGAUAAACAUAAUAAGUAUUGAUCAAAAUAAAACUCAUGAUAAACUUGUACAAAAGUGUUUUAGAACUAAUAUAUUUCCAAAAGAAGAUAGAGGUAGUACCACAGGUGGAGAUAAAAACAGGUUUGAAGAAGGUGUCACAGGAAAAGAGAAAGAUGAUUCAGAGGAAGGUGCCAUAGGGAUGGAAAGCCAGUCUGGCUCAAAUGAAAAAAAGAAUAAAAAUGAAAGAAAAAAGGCCAAGCCAUCUGGUAAAGGAGGUUCUCAAUCUUGUGUUCUUAUUUGA